AGUGCCAUGGUCUGUCCAUUGAUGGGUAUGUCCUUCCUUCUUCAACCACCAGAGAGAUGACCCCGUGUGAAAUCAAGUUUGCUGUGCACGUGGAGUCGGUGCUGAACCACGUACCCCAGCCUGAGUACAGGCAGCUCUUGGUGGAAGCUAUUCUUGUUCUCACCUUCCUCUCUGACAUCGAGGUGAACAGCAUUGGGGGCAUCAUCCACGUGGAUCGCAUCGUGCACAUGGCCAAUGACCUAUUUCUGCAGGAGCUGAAAUCAUUCGGAGCUACUGGCAGUAUCUUGGAGAAAGACGUAGCCACAGGAAUUUGCCACUUUUUUUAUGACAGUGCUCCAAGUGGGGCCUAUGGCACCAUGACGUACCUAACAAAAGCCAUCAUUAUUUAUUUACAUGAUUUCCUGCCGAGCACAGGCUGUGCCAUGCAGUAAGCGACGGUUCGUGCGGGAGGGAAGGGGCUCAGAGGCCCUUUCUCCCCAUUUCCCUGUCACGAGCCCCUCGUUCAGUCGCUGCGUGUCUGUGCGC